AUGAAUUAGUCAUUCCGUUAAGAAUUUUAGUAAACCAAUCUCCUCAAGUUGGCAAGAGCAAAAUUUAAAAAAGCUAUUUUGGAGCAAAUAGGGAAUAGAGAAAAUAUUUUGUAUGAAGAAUUUCUUUUAGUGGCUAAAAAAGUGAGUUUCCGUUUUAGUGAUUAAAAGGAUAUCUUUGCUUUAAAGUAUUAUUUCAAUGCGCAUAUGAAAUUAUAAGGAAAUGGAGUACCUUUCUAUGAUUUGAUUAAUCGCUUAAGAGUAAAAGAAAAAAACAGAUAAGAGCAAUAUUUAAUAUACUUUGAAGUACCUGAGUCAAGCAAUCAAAACAAAUCUAAUUAUGAAAACGAAGAGCUUAAAAACAUGUCAUAAUCUCAAGCUUUGAACAAAUCUCUUCUUUGUAACAGCACAACUUAAUCUAGAAGAGGUUCCACACUCUUAGAAUCUUCAUAAAUGAGCAAUUCUAAGAAUAAAUAGUUUAAUGAAUAAAUGUCAGUAACAAACACAAAUAGAUAAAUUCCGAUAGCUAUUCUCUAGGAGCUUAUAAAAAGCGAUGUUUAAAGAUCUGAUUUAAAAUAUGUUAUGGAUUAGUUAAAUAGCAUGGAGAAAAGUUAAGGAGGUGAGGGCUAAGUUGAUACUGAUAAGUUUUGGUCUUCUUGCAAGAACUCUUUUGGUCCUUAGUAACAAGAAGUAAUGAGGAAAGUAAUAAAUUAUUGCUCUAUUGAUGGCUAUGUAAGUUAUGUUAAGCUAGUUGGUUUGAAUAAUGCUUACAAUGAAUUAACAGAAAGCGAUAAUGUCAGUAAUCCAUAAAAUAAAAUAAGCGCUUAGCGCGUUCAAACUGAGAACCCAAGACAAAAAAGGAGCUAAUCUGUUGCUGGAGACUAUGUCUUAACCUAGCCUUAUAAAAAAUUAAGUAUCCCAGAACAAAUAUAAAACUUCAAAAUAUAUGUGUAAGAAAGAAUGAAUGGCCCAAAAAACGCUUUUAAUGUAUUAGAUAAAGAUCUUAAAGGCUACUUUACCCAAAAUGACUUUUUGAUAGUAUUUAAAAAUAGCAGAAGUGAGCUUGGUCAUUAAGAACUGAUCAAUGUUUUUAAAUCCCUUAAUUCAAUAUCUAGUAAAAAGUGUGGUCAAAUAGAUUUCUCUUCCUUUUAUUCAUUCUUUUAAAUGCCUGUUGAAACUUUAAUUUAAUACUUGCCAGGCGGAAAUCUGCAUCACCCAAGUCAAAGUAUAGAAUAGCUACAAUAAACUCAACAAUUGUAUCAGAACUAAAAACUUCUUACUGAAUAAUCAUAAAUCGAAGCUAUGGCAAAAGAUUAUUUACCUACACAAGUUUCUGAUUAUGAUGAGAGUCACUAAUUUCUUACUCCUCUUAACUAAAAAAAAGCUAUCAAAUUUGAUUCUCAUUCUCCAAACAGAAAUCUCAUAGGAGAGUACAAGACAAUGUACCCGUAAGACUACAGCAACAGUGGAGAUAAAUAAAUAACUUCUUACGAAAUGAAGAGAGUUGUAAAAAAUAACCCUCUGGUUAGAAAUCAAAGACACACAGAUUUCAACUACAGAAGAAAUGUUGAUCCAGUACCCUCCGAUAUAAAUCCAGAUUACAGAUAUGGCAUAGUAAAAUAAUAGGUUGACACUAUGCAAAAUCUAGUUGAAGGUAAUUAUGGAAGAGCUUGGUUAGAAAGUUCAAUAGCAAAUUAAAGGGAGAGAAUACAGAGGAUUGUAAAUUCACGCAGAAUGUCCCAAGAAAAAUCUAAUGAAAACACAGCUAAUAUAAUUAGAACUGAAUAUAUAAAAGAUGGUAUAAAUUAAAGUCACCUCAGAUCUAUUUCAAACUAAAAAGAACAAACAAAUAACUUAUGGAAAAUCACAAAGUUUAGAAAUACAUAAGGAAAAAUAACAACAAAUUGGUCACCUGAAGAACAAAAUAGAUUUCCUGCUAGACUUAAAACAGAAGGAUAAGGCUUUAAAAACAAUACAGAUAAUUACUAAGAGCUUCUCGAAGGAUUUGUAGUAAAUAAAGCUAAUCUUAUAAAAUAAACAGACAGACAAAAUAAGUCCGUGUUAUAUUGA